UCAGCUUUUUAUCCACCCUUGUCCGUUUCCCAAAGUGCAUUGCCCAUGAGGUUGAGUGCUCACAGGUCGUGACAUGGUGAGGCAUGACUUGACCAUGUGCUGGGAAGGGAAGCAGGAAUGUUGAUGGCUGGAUCUAGAGAUCAAAUGGUCUUCUAAAGAAGCCAUGGGUAGCUGCUGUAGCUGUCCAGAUAAAGAGUCCAUCCCAGAUAACCAUCAAAGCAAAUUCAAGGUGAUAAACGUGGAUGAUGACGGGAAUGAGCUGGGUUCAGGUGUGAUGGAGCUGACGGAGGAGGAGCUCAUACUGCACACACGUAAACGUGACGCUGUUAAGUGGCCCUACCUCUGCCUGCGUCGCUAUGGCUACGACUCCAACCUCUUCUCCUUCGAGAGUGGGCGACGAUGCCAAACCGGUCAAGGGAUAUUUGCCUUUAAGUGUGCCCGGGCGGAAGAGAUCUUCAACAUGCUGCAGGACAUUAUGCACAACAACAGCAUCAGUGUGGUGGAGGAGCCUGUGUUGGAAACCAGUCCUGGCCCUGCUGAGACGGAACCGCCCCGAACACCCCGCACUCCCACCACUCCAGGAUAUUCUGUUCCUACGUUACCCAAUGGGAUUGGUCGGUACCCUUCAUUUGGGGACGCUUCCUCACGGCCCUCCAGUCGGCAUCCAUCAAUUGGAAGCGCACGGUUACCCUCUGUGGGCGAGGAAUCUACGCAUCCACUGUUAGUCGCAGAUGAAACGGUCCAUACCUAUGUGAACACGACUGGAUUACAAGACGAACGAUGGAGUCGCAACAGCGUCCACACUCCCCUUGAACUUCGACUGUCCAAUCCGAAGAGUGCUGGCCCUGCCUCGCCCAGUGAGCUUGAGCCACGGGUGGUGCUUGAACCUGAGAGUGUUAAGUUCGUGCUUGGUCCCACCCCUGUUCAGAGGCAACUCAUGGCUAAGGAGAAGCAACGUGAGCUUAGAGAAGGAGAAUCGGGAUGUACAGGCACACCCGGAGAACCCAGUAGCAUCCCCACGACGGACUUGAAUGGCUCUGCAGCCCAGGGGCCUUCUGCAGAUUGCGACACAGGUUAUGACAGCGAUGAACGCAAAGAAGGGCCCUCAGGGGCCAAGGUGGCCUACGAACUUCACAAUGGGUCGGCCUCUGCCUCAGUGCCUGUCUCCCGCCGAAAUCGUCCUCCCGUCCCCAUCCCGGAUGGCCAAAACGCCAACAACUCUGCCCAGCGUAGGACAGCGCUGCUCAACUAUGAGAACCUGCCGGCUCUCCCGCCCGUUUGGGAGACUCGUAAGCCAUUCUGUGAUGGUGAGGGGGAGGAGGAAGAGUCAUUUGGACCAAAGACCCCAUCACUUAAUGGUUUCCACCAGCACCUGCACUCUGGUCUGGAUCCCAUGCAUAACUACGUCAACACAGAGAAUGUAACGGUACCGCCCAGCGCCCACAAACCGGACUCGGCACGGCCGCGGCGCGAUUGUGCCGGUGCACAGCCAACGGUCUUUAACUUUGACUUUCGGCGGCUUGGCGGGCCGGAGCCGCUGCGGCAGCUCAAUUACAUCGAAGUGGAGAUGGAGAAAGGGUCAGACUCCAGUGGACCACAGACACCUAAGACCCCCACCACCCCGCUCCCUCAGACCCCCACACGGCGGACAGAGCUGUACGCAGUCAUUGACAUAGAACGCACGGCUGCCAUGUCCAGCCUGCAAAAAGCACUGCCACGCGAUGAUGGUACAUCCAGGAAAACGCGACACAAUAGUACUGACCUGCCUAUGUGAGCCUACCAAGCACUGUCUCAAGUUGCACCUUUUUUGUG